AUGACUGUAACAAACAGCCACAGAGUGGAAGAUCAACCCGACUCUCCUUUUGAACCUCCUGGAUUAUCCAGCGGAGAUAGUCCGAUCACCUCGGCACAUUCCAAUGGGCCAACGCCGCAGUCGUAUGAGCAAGAUGAAAAGAGCCUCGAAUAUAAUGUCCAAGAUACAGAGGAAGCAGCAGCAAAACACCAGUAUUGGACUCGUUUUGUCGAUGUCAUAUUCUGGACGCCGCCGCGAUGUCGAUGGGAUGCGGAGAAUCCGUUCACGUUCGGAAUGCCUUUGAACAUCCUGUUCGCAUUCUCCGGGACAUUCACCGUUGCCAAUUUGUACUAUUCGCACCCUAUUCUCGAUGUGCUCGCCCAAUUCUUUGGCGUCACCCAUGAGCGAGUCUCAUUAAUUCCGACUUGCAGUCAGGCUGGGUAUGCGACGGGUCUGAUUUUGCUCUGUCCCUUAGGGGACUUGGUGAGAAGAAGACAUUUUGUCCUACUGUUGACCUUUAUCACUGCGGCCCUGUGGGUUGGACUUUGCAUAACAAAAUCAUUCGAGGCAUUUCUUGUUAUCAGCUAUUUAAGCUCUGUGACUACCGUGACUCCACAAAUCAUGCUUCCCCUCGUUGGUGAUCUCGUACCCCCAGCUCGCCGCGCAACAGCCCUCUCUAUCGUCUCUUCCGGGCUGGUCCUAGGACUCCUCUUCGCCCGCCUUCUAUCGGGAAUCGUAGCAGAAUAUUCCUACUGGCGAAACAUCUACUGGCUAUCCCUAGCCCUCCAAUUCCUCAUCUUCGCCCUCCUCUGGAUGUUCAUGCCCGACUAUCCCCGGACUAACAUCAACAUCUCCUACGUCAAAAUCCUGUACUCCAUAAUCGGCUAUUACUGGACAUCACCAGUCCUGGUCCAGGCAACGCUCAUGGGAUUCUUCCUCUCCGCCACAUUCACCAGUUUCUGGACAACCCUAACCUUCCUCCUAUCAGGAGAUCCAUACAACUAUCCAACCUUGACGAUAGGACUAUUCUCCCUGGCAGGAUUAACGCCAAUGUUCUUGGGCCCGCUUUAUUCACGGUACAUGAUCGAUAAAUUUGUGCCGCAGCUAUCCAUCCUCGUCAGUUUGAGCAUCCUCAUCAUUGGCGUGAGUAUCGGUACCUAUACCGGGACCUACAGUGUCGCCGGUCCAAUUAUCCAAGCUGCGCUUCAAGAUUUUGGUCUCCAGAUGACACAGAUCGCGAAUCGUACUGCUAUCUAUAGCGUUGCCCCAAAGGCUCGCAAUAGGAUCAAUACUGGUUACAUGAUAGGUGUGUUUUGUGGUCAGUUGAUGGGUACUUCCGUUGGGAAUCGAAUUUAUAGUGAAGGGGGUUGGAUUCUGACUGGAAGUGUUAGCUUGGCAUUUAUUGGGGCGGCGCUUCUUAUCUGUCUUUCUCGUGGUCCGGCUGAGAAGGGAUGGAUUGGUUGGCAUGGUGGUAUUCGAAUUCGGCGAGCGGAGUAA